CCGGCGUGCGGCCGGAUGACGUGGCCGGGCGGAGCGGAAGUGGCGUCGCAGGUCGGCGUUGGCGGCGGGGCGCGGGCCGGCUCCGCGGCGGGGCCUGCUGCGUGCGCGGGGACGCCGAGGCCCGAGAUGGCGGCGGCCGGGCUGCGGCUCUGCGCGGCCGCCGCGCUGCUGCUGCUCCUCCCGGGCCUACCGCUGCGCGCCCGCGCCGACGAGCACGAGCACACGUACCAAGAUAAAGAGGAAGUUGUUUUAUGGAUGAAUACAGUAGGACCCUACCACAAUCGCCAAGAAACAUACAAAUACUUCUCUCUUCCUUUUUGUGUGGGAUCAAAAAAAAGCAUCAGCCAUUACCAUGAAACCCUAGGAGAAGCACUUCAAGGAGUUGAAUUGGAAUUCAGUGGUCUUGACAUCAAAUUUAAAGAUGAUGUAAUGCAGACUACUUACUGUGAAAUUGACCUGGACAAAGGAAGAAGAGAUGCAUUUGUGUACGCUAUCAAAAAUCACUAUUGGUACCAGAUGUAUAUUGAUGACUUGCCAAUAUGGGGUAUUGUUGGAGAAGCAGAUGAAAAUGGAGAAGAUUAUUACCUUUGGACUUACAAAAAACUUGAAAUCGGUUACAAUGGAAAUAGAAUUGUAGAUGUCAAUCUGACCAGUGAAGGAAAGGUGAAACUGGUACCAAACACAAAAAUCCAGAUGUCAUAUUCAGUGAAAUGGAAGAAAUCAGAUGUGAAGUUUGAGGACCGAUUUGACAAGUAUCUUGACCCAUCUUUCUUUCAGCACAGAAUUCACUGGUUUUCAAUUUUCAAUUCUUUUAUGAUGGUGAUCUUUCUGGUUGGCCUAGUGUCUAUGAUAUUAAUGAGAACUUUGCGAAAAGAUUAUGCGAGAUACAGCAAGGAGGAAGAAAUGGAUGAUAUGGACAGAGAUCUGGGUGAUGAGUAUGGGUGGAAGCAGGUCCAUGGAGAUGUUUUUAGACCAUCCAGUCAUCCGCUAAUAUUUUCAUCGCUUAUUGGUUCUGGCUGUCAAAUUUUUGCUGUGUCUCUUAUAGUCAUUGUUGUUGCAAUGAUAGAAGAUCUAUACACAGAGAGAGGAUCAAUGCUUAGUACAGCUAUAUUUGUUUAUGCUGCAACAUCACCAGUGAAUGGAUAUUUUGGAGGAAGCCUUUAUGCUAGACAAGGAGGAAGGCGAUGGAUAAAGCAGAUGUUCAUUGGAGCCUUCCUUAUUCCAGCAAUGGUGUGUGGAACUGCCUUCUUCAUUAACUUCAUAGCCAUCUAUUAUCAUGCUUCAAGAGCUAUACCCUUUGGAACCAUGGUGGCAGUGUGCUGUAUCUGUUUCUUUGUCAUUCUUCCAUUGAACCUUGUUGGUACGAUUCUUGGCCGAAAUCUGUCAGGACAGCCUAAUUUUCCAUGUCGUGUCAAUGCAGUGCCUCGUCCCAUACCAGAGAAAAAAUGGUUCAUGGAACCAGCUGUUAUUGUUUGCCUAGGUGGAAUCCUCCCUUUUGGAUCCAUUUUUAUUGAAAUGUAUUUCAUUUUUACUUCAUUCUGGGCUUACAAGAUCUACUAUGUUUAUGGCUUUAUGAUGCUGGUUCUGGUUAUCCUCUGCAUUGUGACAGUUUGUGUGACUAUCGUUUGUACUUAUUUCCUGCUAAAUGCAGAGGAUUACAGGUGGCAAUGGACAAGCUUUCUUUCUGCGGCAUCAACUGCGAUUUAUGUUUACAUGUACUCCUUUUACUACUACUUUUUCAAGACAAAGAUGUAUGGCUUGUUUCAAACAUCAUUUUACUUUGGUUAUAUGGCAGUAUUUAGCACAGCUUUGGGAAUAAUGUGUGGAGCUAUUGGUUACAUGGGAACAAGUGCCUUUGUUCGUAAAAUCUACACUAAUGUGAAAAUUGACUAAGGAAAUAAGAAAAUUGAACUAUGGAUCAGCUCCUGUUUUCAUGGGGAUGAACUUGCACAACAUAAAGCGCGAGAAGAGAUUGGGGUUUUAACACUGGGCACUAUAUAGGUCUCCAUUUUGUGGAUGGCUUAAAGUAACAUCUAUUUCAUUGAUCCUAGGUUCUUACUGACUGCUUUCUCCAACUGUUCACAGCAAAUGCUUGGAUUAUAUGCAGUAGGCAUUACUACAGUACGUGGCUAAUCUUCCCCAAAAAAACCCACAAAAAAACAAAAAACCUAGCUCAUUAAAGAUGAAUAGGCUAGCUCUCUUCAGUGAAGAGGACAAACGGUUUAUUUAAAGCAUUUGUUCCAUUCAAUAAAAAGAGGGAAACUUGGCUGCUAAAACUACUUGAUUAGUAGUCUUCCUGGUACUUAACAUUUCUAAAUUAUGUAAAAAUGCGGUUCCAGAAAGAUUACUCUUCUGAUUUUUACUGCCAUUGCCAGGAUAAGGAGGUAUGUUUUAUAUUUUGACUCCAGGUGCUUUUUGGUUUAUUUGCAAUAUCAACUAUACCCUACACUCAUUUGUUUAAAAAAUAAUUUAAAAAUAUAUAAAAAACCCAUAUGCAUGUAAUAUAUCAGCUAUUGUUCUAGUUGGACCAACUUCCCUUUAUUUAUCUUUAAAAUAAUAUCCAGCUACAUGUUAAAUCCAUCCAAAGAAAAUACAGUCUAAAGACGGGAUGUGUUCUCUGCAAUGCAAUUUACUGUACAGUUAGAAAGCAAAAUGUUAAAUGGGGAGGACUGUUUGGUUUUUUAAUAAACACUUUGAAGUGUAGAUUAAAACAAAACCCAACAUUUUAACUGAAUGUCUAAAGUGAUUCUCCUUUUUUCCAAGUUAGUCUUGGUUUUUUGUUUUUUUUUUGUUUUGUUUUGUUUUUUUUCUUGGGUUUUUUUUUUUUUUGGUUUGGGUUUGAAUGAAGAUUUUCCUUUAGACAUUAUACAAGGGGUAAUAAGUGUAUAUAAACAUUAAAUAAUGUAACUUAGGUGUAGAUCCCAAAUGUAUUUGGAUGUACAGAUUUACUACAGAGUACUUUUCUGAUGAUUCGGUGUAAAAAUGUGUGAAUUUGGGUGGCUUUUUACAUCUUGCCUGCCAUUGCAUGAAAAGUUGGGGUUUCUUCACAAUGUGUGUAUGUCAUGCUUUUCUGUUCUAUUUCCUUUCUCAAGCUCUUACAGGAAUUAAAUUUGUAAUUUAGAACA